AUGGUAUCAGAGCCAGAACGAGGCAUGGGACGCUGCCCAUCUGUGUCUGCAAAGGGCCACCAGGCGGCAGAAGAUGAGUGCCGACCGCCACCGCAGUGUGUGAGCAGGAUGAGCAGAACAUUUGUGACGCUAGGAGAGGUGUUGGAGACUCGAGGAGGUCCCCUUCUGGAGGAUGAAGUGUGGUCCCUCCUCCUGGGCACCACAGAAUCCCUGGUUGAUGUCUCAUACAAAGGACAUAACAGUAUGUGUAGCAUCAUAAGCCCCUCCUCCCUUCUGCUCUCGGGCACCGGCACACUGGCGUUUAAGAACUGUGCCCUAUCAGACGAGGCGUGCAACUUUACUGCGCCAGAAAUGCUGCGAGGCUGUGCUUCCUCAACCAAAGAUGUUAUGGAGAAGAUGCUGGUGUAUUCACUGGGUAUGACUCUCUACUGGUCUGUCAAUUAUCAUCUACCUCAGAAUCAGCCGGUCCAGUUGAGUAACCACCUGAACGGCCUGCUAGUGAGUAUGUGCGAGGACCUGGCCCACCGCAGGGUCAAUCUGAACAGUAUCCUGGAGUCCUGUGAGUCUCAGCACAAAGCCUCUCUCCUGCCUCCGCCCAACAGAGUAAUACGACAGCUGGUGGAGGUUGUCUUUCACGAAGCUGUGGACCAUGGGUCUGAGCCCUUUGUCCCACUGUGUGGGAGGAGUCAGAUGAUCAGAGAAAGGGUUAACGGUAAGCAUGAUCGGUACCCUGACUACAGUGAGGGCUGUGCGGCUGGAGCAGGGAGCAGACAGUACUCUAACAACUCUGACACCAAGUCAGAGAGUUUACUUCACAAAUCCUGGAGACAGAAACCCAGAAGUUCUCCCACCCCUGCAUACCCACCUAACAUAGACAGACUGCCACGAGAUCUCAGACACAUGGAAAGUAGCAGUAGCUGGCUGUGUCAGAGCCCCUACAUUGGUUCCCCCUCAAAGGGUGCACCCCAACCCCACAGCCCCUUCAUCACUUUCAGUAACUCCUCAGCCAGCCUCACCGAGAGGAAAGUCAAGGCUCUGGGUCCUGAGUUUAUCAGGAUGGCUGACGAACCAUAGGUAGGUCUGGAGCUUCCAGGAUCCAUAGUGUCUAAGAAGGGCAGGUCUUGUUCGUCCCAGAGAGAGGUUACUGUGGUGUUGCCCAGUGGUCAGUCUGUAUUGGUCAGAUGUGACAAAAAGUCCAGAGGGAGAGACGUGUUCGACAUGGUGGUGGCUCACGCUAACCUGGUAGAGCACUUCUACUUCGGACUGGCCUUCAUCGAUGAUGAUGAAUAUUUUUUCCUGGACCACGAGAUUAAAAUCUCAAAAGUUGCUCCUGACAGUUGGAAAAAAGUAGUGUCGACUUCUUUUCUUGUUUUUCUACGGGUCAAGUUUUUCGUUGACGACAUCUCUUUCAUAUUACACAGGCUGACGCGUCACCAAUACUACUUGCAGCUGCGGAAGGAUAUCCUAGAGGACAGGUUGUACUGCAAUGAGGAGACGUGCAUGUUCCUGGCAGCUCUUGCUCUUCAGGCAGAGUUUGGGGACUACAUGUCUGAGUUGUAUGGUAGGAACUACUACCAGCCGGAGCAGUAUGUGUCUAAGAGAAUGCUGGAGAAGAUGGCUCUGCCCACUCUAAAGGAGGAGUUGUCACGGUUCCACGCUAACAAUGCCGAGAUGCUGCCCGAGGAGGCUGAGACCGAGUUCCUAAAAAUCGCUCAGCAGCUUCCAGAGUAUGGGAUGGUGUUCCAUCGGGUAUGCCGGGAGAAGAAGCCGGUGGUGGGGGAGCUAGUGCUGGGAGUCUGUGCCACUGGAAUCAUUGUCUAUGAGCUGAGGAACCACCUCCGUACCGUCACACGACGAUUCCUCUGGAGGGAGACCGAUACCAUCUCUGCCAAUCGUCGUAAGCUGACAAUAGAGUGUGGUGGUCCCAGCAGUAAGAAGCACAGUUUUGUGACAGAGAGUUCUAAGAUUGCUCAGUACCUCCUUAGUCUCUGCUCCGCGCAGCACAAGUUCCACAGUGAAAUGACCUCCAGGCAACUCAACUACAGCAUCGCUCAAGAUGAGAACAUUGAGAAGUACCAGUCUAUCUGUCGGACACGUGGCUCCCAUGUGAAGCGUCUUUCAUGUUCCGAGGUCGUCCUGAACAGUGUAGAGAUACCGGCCAACCUCAGCCAAAGCGAGUCGCUAAGUAAGUUGUAUGAUGACAUCAUAGCGAAGGUGGAGGCAUGUCUACGGCAACAAAGUGAGAUGAGAGAAAUCAACAGAGAUCUACCCGAGCCAUGCCCACUGUCAGAGGUGAAAGAACAGGACUUGAGAAUCUGGUGCGUAACCACAAGUACUCCAGAGCCCAUCCCCAGAAUCAUCUCCAAUGCCUCGCUACAGAAACAGGACUCUGAGGGCUUCUCAGAGGCCCCCUCCACAACCUCCUCCAUACCAGUAGACACAUCAACCAGGGGUUCUCCAGAGAGAGAGAUCAUCUGUCUGGUCCUACGGAAAGACCCUAAAUUGGGCUUUGGUUUUGUGAUAGUGGAGGAGGACAACACAGGGAACCUGGACCAGGGAAUCUUCAUAGCCUCCAUCGUACCUUACGGACCAGCGGACAGAGACGGCAAAAUCAGACCAGGUGGUCGUCUGAUCUCUCUGAAUAAGAUCAGUCUGCAGGGCGUGACAUUCACCAAUGCAGCAGCCAUCCUCCAGAGCAGCCCUGAUGAGGUGGAGCUCAUCGUCUCACAGCCCAAAUAUUCUCUGAGGGACAGUAAGACUUCUCUGGCCCCCAGUACUCAGAGUCUGAUGUUGGAGAGGGGCUUUGGGUCCCAGACCACCCUGAAUGGGACAGAGGAAGCCUUGGCUCUGUCUAACAUGGCCACAUCUAAACAUGGCACGAGACUCCACAACCCUGUGGUCCGGAUCCUAGACGCUCAGGUGUGUUCUAGCUCUACCUCCAUCUGCAGUCUGAGGGCUGGGAAGCAGCUGGUGGUGGAGCUGAAAAAGGCUAAUGGCAGCCUGGGUAUCAGUGUAGCUGGUGGAGUGAACACCUGUGUUCAUUACGGGGGGAUCUACAUCGAGAGUCUGGUGCCAAGGGGUGCUGCUAUACAGGACGGACGCAUUCAGAUUGGUGACCGACUGCUGGAAGUUGAUGGGUCCAACUUGCGAGGUGUAACACAAAAACAGGCCGUGGAGAGCCUGAAGAGGACUGGAGAGGUGGUGCGCCUGCUUCUAGAGAAAGAGCUCCAGGUGGCUUCACAGAGCCAAUCAGGAAGCCUCAGGAGAGACAGCUCCAUGGAGAUGACCUUGAGUGGCAAGGACUACAGCUUUGUCACUGAUGACAACACUCUGGAUGUGCGGUUGAAGAAGAGUCUGUGUGGUUUGGGCUUCAGCUUCUACAUCAGUGAGUUGAACAGUGGUUCUGACCAGGGCAGCAGUGUGGUGCAGAUCAAAACUCUGUUCCAGGGUCAACCAGCCCAGGAGUCAGGACAGAUCAGAGAGGGAGACAUCAUAUUGACUGUCAAUGGAAGAUGGGUUUCAGGACUCAGCUACCAGAGGGUCUUGUUCCUGCUCAGUGGGACUCUGUCUGAGGUCCACCUGACUCUCUGCAGACCUGUUCCUGGAGUACCGUCUCAACUGGACGCUGACACACUGGUUCCAUUUCCAUCUCCUACCAGUGGGGUGAGGUCCAAGUCUCUAGACAUCAGGCUGGGAGAAGACUACAGCCAGCUGCUCAAGCUACAGUCACACCAGAUUCACCAGAACCAUCAGUACAACAAGGAGAACCAGGCCCAGAAGGGGCCCAUGAAGUCAUCAUAUGCCCAGGAACAAGCCUCCGGUCAAGAGAGUCAGGACAGCGACAUGAAAGCAGCUGAGAAACAGCCAUCCUCACUCUCUCCCACCCCUCCCUCACCCCCCUCCCCGAUUUCCCUCGCCAGCAGAAGUGACCCAGCAGACCAUGAAGAGUUGUCUGUUGUGGACGAGGAAGUUUCCAAAGAAAUUUGCUUGGCAUCUGGUGGGUCCAAGACCAGCGUUAGUCCCAUGUACACCAGCUUGUCCUCGCAGACCACAAGCUCAACAAACCCCAAUCUGUCCUCGGAAACCACCUCCGUCCAGCAGACACGAUCUCAGCCCUCUUCUAGGCCUCCAUCCAGCCUCUCUUCUAGGAUGUCUGACCUCAUCAUCAGCCACUCUGUGCAUCAGCCCCAGCCUGCUACACCCCCUCUUCCCAGCCUCUCCUCCCAUACUGCAAACCCUAACUCCAGGACCUCCGAUCGCAAACACAGCUUUACCUCCAAUCGUAAACAUAGCAUCACCUCUGAUUGCAAACCCAGCAUCACCUUUAAGACUACCAAUGCCUCCAACCUGACUACCUGCACCCCUCCCAUGCACAUGUACUAG